UUGGCCUCUUGGGGGUGGAUAAUCUAAGUGCAUUCUGGCAUAUUUUUGCACAUCUCAUUCUUCAAUCCAUCUCUCAAAAGUUUAUUUUCAGAAAUUCCAAGUUCUGUUGAUGGGUGUCUCUGAUUCUUCCUGUUUUCUUGUAGAAAUUCUAAGUUUGUUGGUUUUUGGGCUUUGGCAUCUGAAAUGUAUGGAUUUUUGGUGGGAAUGUUGAAAUGGAUGACAAGGGGAGAGGCAAUUCUCUCCUUUGUUUGAGGCUGAAGAACUAAAAGACAUUGGAAUUGAAGAGAUAUCGGUCUGAAUUGGGCAAUGCCUGUUCCUCUUGCUCCAUAUCCAACCCCUCCGGCUCCUUUUACUCCAUCAAAUGGCGGCCAUAGCCAACUUGUUUGUUCAGGCUGUCGAAAUCUUCUCAUGUAUCCCCUUGGGGCAACGACAGUAUGUUGUGCUGUCUGCAAUGCAGUAACUCCUGUUCCUCCUCCCGGGACCGAAAUGGCUCAGUUGGUUUGCGGAGGCUGCCAUACUCUUUUGAUGUACAUACGUGGAGCAACUAGCGUACAAUGUUCUUGUUGCCACACUGUCAAUUUGGCUCAUGAAGCUGCAGGAAACCAAGUGGCGCAUGUCAAUUGUGGGAGCUGCAGGAUGUUAUUGAUGUACCAAUACGGAGCAAGAUCUGUGAAAUGCGCAGUCUGCAAUUUUGUGACUCCCGUUACGGCUUCUCCUGCCAAUGAACAGAAGCUCAAUAACUGAUAUUCGCCGAGAUUUUCCAUUUCUGACUUCUUAAAAAAUUCACCUUCUUAUCUUUUAGUCCCCUGAAGAGGAUUCUUGUCUAGAGGUGUAAUUUCUAUAUCUUCAACUUCUUUGUUAUAGAGUUGGUUUGUGGAGUUUCUGUUCCAUGAAACUUUUUCCCCUGGAAUAAGCAACUUUUUUGCAGGCUACAGCCCCAAAGGCAACCUUUGUUGUACUGAGCUGAUUGAGUUUUUUCGGGUUUAGUUUCUGUUUGAAUCUUAGAAGAGAGAAAACUGGGGUGUAUGAAAUUCUUGUCUAAUUUCUGAAUAUGUAUUGUAUUGUAUUUUUACAUUUAGGCAAGAAUAUGAAACUCUUGUCUAAUUGUCUGCCUUCAGUAAGAAACGUCUUAAAGAUUCUGUCUAA